AUGCAAGUACACACCCUUUUGCACCCCUUCACAGCCGACCAGACAAACGUGAAACUACUGAAGAUAAAAAAUUCCGUCGCCAUAGAAGAGAUACAAGACCCGCGUCAAAUGGGACAAGGGGGAGACGGAGCGUCUGAUCGACGGGAUAAACGUAGGAGAGGAGUGGCCAGCGGGAUGAGCGGCGGGAUGGGCGGUGAAAUAAACGACGAAAUGGACGACGAAAUAAACGACGAAAUGAACGACGAAAUAAACGACUAA